ACUGUUGCCGUUUUUUUUUUUGUGAUUGUAUGUUUUUCUGUGUGUCUUAUCUCCCAGGGCACAGUGUAGGCUAGGAACGCCACUGCUCCAACGUGCUUGAAAUAAACAGCGCUGUUCUUCUACAAUACAUCUAGGCAAGCAAACGGCAAACGAAAAUGGCACAUGAACUUAUUUUCAAAAACAUCGUUGUUGUUUAAACGUGCGUGCGCUGUUAACACAAAAAUAAUACUGAUGGAGUGCGAUUUGGAGUCCAGGGUGACUGCCGAAGCCAAAUGACGAUUCGCAUUUUUCCUUCGCUUGCGAGGUUCGACGCGUUAGCGAGACGCGGCUAAUUAGCUCGGCGAACACCGACGGCCUUCCCUUGAAACAAACGCCAAAACAAUGACGGGAAAAAAAGUUACCUCGUUCGCGCAUCGGGAGUUCGAAUCAUUUCUGCCGAGAAACGAGAAGUAAAAAGAAAAGUCCACGGGCGGGCGGACGUCACUCACGCCGAACGAACGAAACAAAUGAAGACAAACGUCGCUAGCUUGCAGGCGUUUCCAUGGAGUUAGUUCGCUGCGUUUUGGACACAGCCAAAAGUUGGAAUUUUAAGUAUCUGUCGGAAGACAACGGGGCCCCGGCCAGACACGACGUGAAAGAAAACGAAACGAAAGUCAGGAAAAAGUCGACUAGUGCAAACAAAAUUAAAAGAAAGCGGUUCGAACAAAGUCCUCGCGACGACGAUGACUGUCGAGUCCAGCUCCUUUCACAGAGAAUUUGUCAAAAUCGGGGCAAGAAAACGAGGCCCAACCACAAAGCAAGAAGGAUCUGAAGUUUCCGAUCAGCAGUGAACGCGACGUGAUGAGAUGGAAGGAGGGGAGGAGCUAUCUUGACAGUCUUGAGGAACGGAGUCAAAGGACGGACGGACGGACAAUCGAUCGAUCGACGUUUCUCAGCAGGAAUUCAAUCCGUUUCAGGGUUUUGGACGACUUCAUGUGAUUGGGAAAAAGAUGAAGAUGUUUGUCAUCUUCUUGGUUUUCUUGAACUAUGCUCCGUUCAUCUCAAACACAGAGACUCACAGCCUGAUGUACAUCUACACGGGGCUGUCGCAAGGGGCGCUGCGGCUGCCGGGCGCGCGGGAGUUCACCGCCAUGGGCGUGCUGGACGGUCAGGUCAUCGACUACUACGACAGCGGGGUCGAGAAGAAGGUCCCCAAGCAGGCGUGGAUGGAAAGUCAGAUGAGUGCCAACUACUGGAAGCAGGGCAGCCUGUCCAGGAGGAGCAAGCAGGAGUGGUUCAGGGUCAACGUGGACAUCCUGCUCCAACGCAUGGGACACAACCGCUCGGACGUGCACGUCCUCCAGUGGCGGCACGGCUGCCGCGGUGACCUGCGGCCCGACGGAGCGGUGGCCUUCCGCGGCGGCGUGGACUCCUACAGCUACGACGGCUCGGACUUCCUGUCCUUCCACCACGAGCGCUCCGAGUGGGUGGCGACGGCGGCGGCCGCGCAAGAGACCAAAAGGAAGUGGGACGAUGUGCCCAACCUCAAGGAUUACACCCGCGCGUACCUGGACAAAGAGUGCGUCACCUGGAUGAGCCGCUUUCUGGGCUACCGGAGCGACCGGGCGCGGCCUCCGCCGCCGCCGUCCGUCGUCAUGUUCGCUAAAAAGACGCGCUCCGAGAGCGGCACGGCGCUGCUGAGUUGCCACGCCAGCGGCUUCCCCUUCAAGGACGUCAGUCUGGAGAUCCGGCGCGACGGACGCACGCUGCUUGCGGAGGACGGCGUGGCGUCCACGGGCGUGCGACCCAACCAUGACUGGACCUUCCAAAGGCGGGACGGCGUGGAGGUUCUCCAAACGGACCGCGCCCGCUUCACCUGCGUUCUACGACAUCCGCCGUCCGGCCUUCGCGUGGAAACGCUUUGGGACGGCGAGGUUUGUGGCCGGUCCGCCGUGACCGUGGCCACGGCGGCGGGUCUGGGCGCGACGGCGCUCCUGGUCGCCGUUUCGGUCGCCGUGCUGGUGUGGCGCCGCUGCAAGAAAGGCAAAGGAGGCGCUAGGUGGCCGUGGAAACGGCCGAUCCGUCGGAUGCGUAAUGACGGUGAUGUUGUCGUCGUUGCGGGAAAGGAUGUUAACUGCCAACUAGACAGCCUGACGGGAUCGGGCCGGAUUUCCGACUCUUCUCUCUCCUCCGAUUCAGGCGUGGGGUCUGCGGAGAACGGCGCCGAGCACGCGGAAAAGCUGUUGACCGCCGAAUGAGCGACGGCUUGGAACGGGACGGGCCGAUACCAGUGGAAUUUUUGUCUUCCUUUGAACACUUUUG